GUUAAUUUUUAAUUGUUCCUGGCUAUUUGUAUCCAGAUUGCCUGUAUAAAAGCAGACAGUGAACCCUAUAGUUUAUUUCCUGUCUAACCUUCUCCCAGCAAAGGUUUUCCAUCAUGAAGUUCAACACCCAGUUCAUAACGUUUAUUCUGCUGUCUAUUCAAAGUUUUACUUUGGAUGCUGCAGACUCACUGUUCUACAAAAGCAUGGAACUUAGUGUAGUUAAUGCUAAAAUGGUACCUCAAGACCAAGUGAGUAAGAUCAUAAAUUUGAGAGAUCUGCUUCUGAAAAAAGCAAAAUACUCAAGAGAUUGCAAUGAACUUCUUCAACGAGGAUUCACUGAUGAUGGCCUCUACGUGAUCCAACCAGAACCACUAAAGUUAACACCACCCCUUGUGGUGAACUGUAACAUGAGUUAUGACUGUAACGGUGGGUGGACAGUGCUGCAUCGAAACACCAGGCAGAGUGAGAUGACAUGGAAUGAAACAUGGACUGCUUACAAGUAUGGGUUUGGCAACAUUCAGGGUGACCACUACAUUGGCAAUCAAUAUAUGUACUACCUAACCAGCCAGAAGUGGUAUAAAGCAAGAGUAGUUAUUGAUGAGGAGAUAGGUGGUUUGAUUCAUCAGAGCUAUGCUGAGUAUGAUAUUUUCCGGUUGGGUGAUGAGACCACACACUACAGGCUGCAACUUGGGGCAUACAGGGGUGGUGCUGGAGAUGCAUUGGCAGGUUAUGCCAAUAUGGUUGAUAAUAUGCCAUUCAGUUCGAGGGAUAAUGACACAGAUGGUGAUGUAGCUAACUGUGCUUCCAAGUAUGGUGGUGCGUGGUGGUUUGAUACUUGCUCACAACAAAGCCCCUUUGCCAUGUUGACCCAGAAAGAGCAAAUUCACUGGAAACCUUUCUGCAAAAACUGCAGGCAUGUCGUUCUCAUGGUCAAACCUGUCAAUAUGUACUGCCGCUCUGAAGAAAUGACACUGUAGAUUAGAUACUAAUUUUAUUUCAAAAUGAGAAUGGUUCUUUGUGAAAUCAGUUGCUAGAACAAUAUAGUUUAAAUUGUUGAUGUAGGAACUUUUGGUGUAGUUGAAAAAUAAAAUUCAUUAAAGCACCCAUAUA